GUUCCGAACUGUUGGCCAAACAAUGCGUGGCCAUGGGCGUGGACUUGGAGGAGGAGGAUGUCCAUGGCCAGACACCACUGUUUUAUGCCGCAGCGCGCGGCAACAUGGUGGUGGUGAAGUUCCUGCUUAAUCUUGGCUUUGAGAUUAACUACAGAGAUAAUGCCAGGAAGACGGCGUUAUUUUUCGCAAUCGAAAAGGGUCACCUGGAAGUGGCCGACUACCUUAUCGAGCGGGCCGCCUCGAUCUGGGUGCGGUCAUCAAACAAAGUGACCCCCCACUCUUUGCUCAAGAAGGUGGGGCACAAGCCGCCUGAAAGGAAGCGAAAGCUGGCUUCGCCGACGCCGAGUUGCAUAUGUCCUGGCGCCGCAACAAGGAGCCACUUCGCCCAGUGGGAAUGGAAAUACGACGAGGAUGAGCCUCAGGUAGACAGAAGGGAAGACAACGUGCUCGUUGAAACCCCGCAGUACUUUGUCUGCUCCACCGUGACAGACUCUUCGAAACGCCUACGACGUUCGGAGCUUGAGUUCGCCGGGGACCACGCGCAUCUCCACCAAGACGCGACGUGGUACCCCGAGGUAACCACACAGCAAGCUGCUGCUCUAGUCAAUGUGCGCAUGGAUGACGAGAACGAGCACUUGAAAGUCAUUGAAGAGUUGGCAAGCGGCUCUCGCCCAUCUGCCUUUACACUGCCAGCCGUCUCCACACAGAGCAAAACCGUGGCUGGCUACAUCCACGCAUCCAUCGCAGACGAGAU